AUCACUUUUCUCCAUAUUGACACGGAUUCAAAUAAUUUAAAUAAUUUAAUUGCUUAAAAUACAGGUUUAAUAAUUAUGAAAUGUUUAAAGAAAACCAAUAUGCACGCACAUAUACGUUACAGAAUAAAAGGACGCGACCAAUUUCUUACAAGUGAAGAAUGUUCUAGAAGUUUCUUAAGAGUCAAGUUCUCGGCACAGAGGGGAAACUCACGGUAACUAGCGCGGGUAAAUACCAUGUUGAUAAAGUAGAAAACAGUUGAGUUCGCUGUACCUGAAAUGAAUUUUACGCUCUCUUGUGCUUAAUUUCAUAAGCAUAAAAAAUAAUAAUAAUAAUUAAAUUUUUAUUUUCUAACUUAUCAUUAAUAAACAGAUAUUAUUACUGAAAAAAUAUUUAUACAGAACCUUAAAUAAUAAUUAUAAAAGUGUAUAAACUACACGUAAAAUCAACUAGUGUUUGUAUAGCUCAAUCACUACUGGUAAUUCUAUAGUUAAAUUUGGUUGUUUAUGGAAUUUGAAAUAUUUCAUUAAAGAAAAUUAAAAAUUUUAACAAAAGAAAAUAGAAGAAAAAAAAUUGUACACAACUGUGUGAAAUAAUAUUUGGAAUACCGACGAUCAAUCCAGUCUCAGUGGAAUUGAUUCAGUUAGUAUGGACGUUGACGAGAAUCAAGAUGAAGCUGAUGAAGUAAAUGAAGAAUAUGAACAAUCAAGUGGAGAUUAUGAAAUCAUCGAUGAAGACGACAGUGACGUUUUUGAAGAUUACGAUGUUCUCAGCGAGGACGAAAGUGGUGUAUCAGAUGAUUAUGAAGUGUUAAGUGACGAUGAGGAACUAAUUAUAGAAAAUGAACCAGAAAUAAAUGAUAAUAAACAAGAAGAACAUGAUUCGACCGAGUCAUCAAGCCACAAGUUUGAUAUUAAUGAGUUGGUUAAGUGGGUCAUGUUUAAAUCGUCGGGAAUAUCUGUUUGGGAAGUUCUUCAUAUGGUCACUGCCAUAACCAUCCGAUUCAACUUAUCUGAUGAAGCUCAGCAAGCUAUUUUACAACUUAUCAAACUUUUGGCUGGACCUGAAUUUGAUUAUUUAGAUACCUCAAAAUAUUUUAUGAGUAAAAUAUUUCAUCCACCAACGAAUAUCAUGUUGUAUGUGUUCUACUGUGAAUCGUGUAAUCUUCCACUUAAUAUACCAAUGAGCAAAUAUAAAAUAAUGAAAAAAAAAAGUACAAAGUGUGAAAAAUGUCUCGCUGAGUAUAAAUUAUCGACAAGUAAAGAUAACUUUUUUAUGUCUUUGGAUGUAAAGUACCAAAUUAAAAAUCUGUUAUCAAAUCAAUCAGUCCGAAAUAUGAUUGAUUAUCAGUUAUUGGUACAAAAUAAUAAUGAUUCGCAAGUUAUUCGGGAUAUCUGUGACAGUGACAGAUACAUUAAUGAUAAUUAUAUAAUAUCAAAAAAAAAUGUUGGAGAUAUUGUUUUAACUUUAAAUGUAAACACUGACGGUGCACCUCAAUUUAAAAGUAGCCAACGCAGUUUUUGGCCAAUCCAAUGUGUCAUCAACGAAAUACCAGAAUCUGUGCGGCACAAAUUUGUUGUGCUUGCGGGUCUUUGGUAUACAGCUACUGAGCCGAAACCGCAAUUUAUGAAUUUAUACUUACAAACAUUCAUCAAUCAAAUUUCGAAUUUAAUGUAUAAAGGCCUAGAGAUAAAAACUGAAAACGGCGCUGUGAGAAAAUAUUUCUGCAAAGUAUUCUCAUUUCCGGUGGACUCAGUCGCUCGACCAAUUUUACAAAAUCGUUUGCAGUUCAAUGGCACAUAUGGUUGUAGCUGGUGUUACCAACAAGGAGUAUUCAGGUCUGGGGCAAUCAGGUAUCUAUUUACAGAAACCACUCCAGAAGAACGAAGCCACGAGAAGUUUUUGAAAGACGUGGAAGACCGUAAAGAGCACGUGAAGAAUCUUAAGAAAACCAAGAAAAAUGAAAAAUAUACCGUCAGAGGUGUUAAAGGACCGACUAGUUUGUCUUCACUUAGUAAUUUUGACUGCAUAUGGGGUUUCCCUCAUGAUUAUAUGCACGGCGUUCUUCUCGGAGUAAGUCGACAGCUAUGGACAGUGUGGAGCACUAGAAAUUUAGAUGUAAAUGACAAAAAAGUUAUCAACGAACGUUUAUUAAAUAUAAAACCACCAAACGAAAUUCAUCGUGUGCCGCGUGUGUUAACAAAAAGGAAAGCCUGGAAAGCAACCGAAUGGAGAUCAUGGUUACUAUUUUACAGUAUUCCAGUAUUGACAAAUAUAUUAGAUCAGGAACGUUUAGACUCUUAUAAACUUCUUGUAAAAAGUGUUCACAAGUUGCUCUCCAGGAACAUUAGUGACGAUGAUUUAACGGUCUGUGAAAUGAAUCUUCUGCGUUUUAUCUAUGAUUGUCAGCGAUUUUACGGGUCGUCAUUUAUGACAUUUAAUGUGCACAGUUUAAAACACAUGGCUCGUAGUGUAAGAGAAAAUGGUCCAUCUUCAUCGACAUCUGCAUACCCUUUUGAAAAUAAUAUUUAUAAUUUGAAAUUAAAAGCUACCGGUCCGCAUGGAGUUCUUAACCAGAUGGCAAAUCGUUCCUUGCGAGAUAUUAUGUUUAAAAGUAAACUCAAUACAGUUGCUGAUAGUACUUCAUGGGUAUUUUGUAAAAGUAUUUUGAAUAAACGAAAAGAAAAAACUAUCAACUUUAUGAGAUCAAACGAUGGAGCAGUCUUAAUGAAGGAAGAAAAAAAAUGCGUUAUUAAUGAACUGGGUGAAUGUUACAAUCGUUGCGUAUAUAACGAUAUUAUGUAUCAUAGUUGUCAGUAUGAAAAAACUAAUAAGACAAAUAACACGAUAGUACAGCUAGAAGAUAAACGCUUCGCCGAAAUUCAAUGUUUUUACUUAAAAAAUUAUUUAACGUUUAUAGAAGUAGAUAUUUUAAUAGCUGAUUGCGUUAAUGAUUUCGAACAUAUAUUUAAGAUAACAAAAAGAGCGAAUAAAUCAAUAAUUUUACCUGUAACAAAAAUUAUUUCUAAGGUGAUACUUGUAACUGUUGGUAAUGAUAACUAUAUUUGUAUGCAACCAAAUAAUUUUGAGGUUCAAUAAAAAAAGUUUAAAUUUCAA